GCGCGAGACUAGCGCGAGCUGAUAAGUAGGCCUCCACACGCGGCAUGUGAUGGAGUGGCAGCCGGAUGAACAAGGCCUCCAGCAGGUCCUGCAGCUCCUCAGAGACUCUCAGUCUCCAAACACAGCCACGCAGAGAGCUGUGCAGCAGAAACUGGAGCAGCUGAACCAGUUUCCUGAUUUUAACAACUAUCUCAUCUUCGUCCUGACGAGGCUGAAAACUGAAGAUGAGCCCACACGAUCUCUCAGCGGUUUGAUACUGAAGAACAAUGUGAAGGUUCACUAUCAGAACUUCCCUCCAGCAGUUGCACACUUCAUCAAGCAGGAGUGCCUGAACAACAUCGGGGACCCUUCGCCUCUCAUCCGCGCCACUAUCGGAAUCCUCAUCACAACUAUUUCCACCAAAGGGGAGCUGCAGACAUGGCCAGAGUUACUGCCUCAGCUGUGCAACAUGCUCGACUCAGAGGACUACAACAUCUGCGAGGGCUCAUUUGGAGCUCUUCAGAAGAUUUGCGAGGACUCUUCUGAGCUACUGGACAGUGAUGCUCUGAACCGACCUCUAAACAUCAUGAUCCCCAAGUUCCUGCAGUUCUUCAAACACUGCAGCCCCAAGAUCAGGUCUCAUGCUGUUGCCUGUGUGAACCAGUUCAUCAUUAGUAGAGCACAAGCCCUCAUGGACAACAUUGACACUUUUAUUGAGAGUCUGUUUGCGCUUUCAUCAGAUGAGGACUCGGAGGUGCGGAAGAACGUGUGCCGGGCUCUGGUCAUGCUGCUGGAGGUGCGAGUAGAUCGACUCCUUCCUCACAUGCGCAGCAUCGUUGAGUACAUGCUGCAGCGCACACAGGAUCCAGAUGAGAACGUGUCUCUGGAGGCCUGUGAGUUCUGGCUUACACUGGCUGAACAGCCCAUUUGUAAAGACGUCCUGUCUGGACACCUUGCACAACUGGUUCCUGUUCUGGUCAACGGCAUGAAGUACUCUGAGAUUGACAUCAUUUUGCUAAAGGGUGAUGUGGAGGAAGACGAGGCCGUGCCUGACAAUGAGCAGGACAUAAAGCCACGCUUUCACAAGUCUCGUACGGUCACUCUUCGGCACGAGGGUGAUGAGGGGGAGGAAGGAGAGGACAGUGAAGAUGAUGACGACGAUGAUGAUGACAGUCUGUCCGACUGGAAUCUACGGAAGUGUUCAGCAGCUGCUCUUGAUGUCUUGGCAAACGUGUUUCGGGAUGAGCUGCUUCCUCACCUGCUUCCAGUGCUGAAGGAACUGCUGUUCCACCCUGACUGGGUGGUGAAAGAGUCAGGCAUCCUGGUGCUGGGAGCCAUUGCUGAAGGCUGUAUGCAGGAUAUGGUUUUGUACUUGCCGGAGCUGAUUCCUCACCUGGUCCAGUGUCUCUGUGAUAAGAAGGCACUGGUUCGUUCCAUCGCCUGCUGGACUCUGAGCCGCUACGCACACUGGGUGGUCAGUCAGCCGGCAGACUCCUACCUCAAGCCCCUCAUGACUGAGCUGCUCAAACGCAUCCUGGACAGCAACAAGAAGGUUCAAGAGGCUGCCUGCAGUGCAUUUGCGACUCUGGAGGAAGAGGCCUGUACUGAGCUGGUUCCAUACCUGAGCUACAUUCUGGACACACUGGUGUUUGCGUUCAGCAAAUAUCAGCACAAAAACCUGCUCAUCCUAUAUGAUGCUAUUGGCACCCUCGCAGACUCUGUCGGACACCAUCUGAACCAGCCAGAAUACAUCCAAAAGCUCAUGCCGCCUCUCAUUCAGAAAUGGAAUGAGCUGAAAGAUGAAGACAAGGAUCUGUUCCCUUUGUUGGAGUGCCUGUCUUCAGUGGCUACAGCUCUGCAGAGUGGCUUUCUGCCCUACUGUGAGCCGGUUUAUCAGCGCUGUGUCACUCUGGUCCAGAAGAACCUCGCUCAAGCCAUGAUGUAUAACCAGCAGCCGGAGCAGUACGAGGCCCCUGAUAAAGACUUCAUGAUUGUGGCUCUGGAUCUGCUCAGCGGCUUGGCUGAAGGACUCGGAGCAAAUGUGGAGCAGCUGGUCACUCGCAGUAACAUCAUGACCCUGCUCUUCCAGUGCAUGCAGGACACAAUGCCGGAGGUGCGUCAGAGUUCAUUUGCUCUGCUGGGAGACCUGACUAAAGCCUGUUUCCUUCAUGUCAAGCCCUGCGUUGCUGAGUUCAUGCCUGUGCUGGGCCUCAAUCUCAACCCUGAGUUCAUUUCCGUGUGCAACAAUGCCACGUGGGCCAUCGGGGAAAUCACCAUGCAGAUGGGUACGGAGAUGCAACCGUUUGUGGCCCUGGUUCUCAAUAACCUUGUGGAGAUCAUCAACAGACCCAACACACCCAAAACUCUGCUGGAGAACACCGCCAUUACGAUUGGUCGACUGGGAUACGUGUGUCCACAGGAAGUUGCCCCUAUGUUGCCACAGUUCAUUCGCCCUUGGUGCACGUCACUCAGAAACAUCCGGGAUAAUGAAGAGAAAGACUCUGCCUUCAGGGGCAUUUGUGUGAUGAUUGGGGUAAAUCCUGGAGGAGUCGUACAGGACUUCAUCUUUUUCUGUGAUGCUGUGGCCUCCUGGGUUACUCCAAAAGACGAUUUGAGGGACAUGUUUUACAAGAUUCUGCAUGGCUUUAAGGAUCAGGUCGGUGAGGAAAACUGGCAGCAGUUCUCAGAACAGUUUCCACCGCAGCUGAAGGAGAGACUUUCAGCCUGCUAUGGUGUGUAGAUUCACUCUUGCGACAUGGAAAACCAACUAUUAAGGUCAAAUCUACGGGAGGGUUACUGGGGAACUCAUCCAUGUCUGUUUGUGGGAACUACCUGCUGUUAGUGCCGGAGUCGAGUGAUGGUUUGUGAUCUGGAGGCUCCCACUUCCUCCUCCUAUGUGAAAGAGGAUUUGAGAGAGUUAAUGUGAAAUCAGCCUUUUUAUUGUCACAGUUUGGCUUCCGACUCGCCCAGAACAGGAAUGAAACAUGAAGCUCAGGGAUCUGGAUUGGGAGGGGGAGGGUUCAUUCAGGCAACAUUCACCAGCUGCUUAUUGGACAAAACAACGCCAUUUUUAAUAGUCCAGCCUUAGCAAAAAGCCUGGCUUCUCGGCUCCAUGCCAAAAGCGCACGCUUGCAAAACACAAGUGGCAAACGUGCUCAUGGCACACCAUAACUGAACAAAGUUGUUUUCUAGAAGAGAUAGAUCACCCAAAAAUGACAAAUUUCACUCGUCUCAUUUGAAAUGUGCACAAUUUCUAUUCUGCAUAAAACAAGUGGAUUAAAUCUUAUAAUAGGACA